AUGUACAGUUUCAUGGGAGGAGGCCUCUUCUGUGCCUUUGUGGGCAACAUUCUGCUGGUGGUGUCCACUGCCACAGACUACUGGAUGCAGUACCGUCUGUCCGGAAGCUAUGCCAACCAAGGCCUGUGGAGGUACUGCAUGGCCAACAAGUGCUACAUGCAAACCGACAGCAUAGGUAGGAAUAAGAUUCACAUACCAGGUGGAAAAUGGCAUCCUUUCACAAGUGCACAUGAGAAACAGCGAAACAACCCUAGUAACCCUUUCUCCCUGACCUCUACAGCCUAUUGGAAUGCAACCCGGGCCUUCAUGAUCCUGUCGGGGAUGGCCUGUUUUGCGGGCAUCAUCGCCGGCAUCAUGUCCUUCGCCCACUUCUCCUCCUUUGAGAGAUUCAACCGCUCCUUUGUUGCAGGAAUCAUGUUCUUCGUCUCCACUUUCUUUGUAUUGCUGGCCAUGGCGAUCUACACCGGUGUGACAGUCAACUUCCUGGGAAGGCGCUUUGGUGACUGGCGCUUUUCCUGGUCCUACAUACUUGGCUGGGUCUCUCUCCUCAUGACCUUCUUUGCUGGUAUUUUUUACAUGUGUGCCUACAGAAUGCACGAGUGCAGGAGAGGCAACGGCCCACGCUAG